UUUAUGGAGAGCAGCGCUAACAAUUAUUUACUGUUUUUGUGUUAUUUGUUGUAAGACGCGCGCGCGCGCGUUGUAAAUAUUGUUGGCGUUGUGAGGAAGAAUAAAAUGUAUUAAAUUGUGCAUAAAUGGAAUAGCGGGCAAAUGUGACUUAAUAAAGAAGAUAACGGUACGUGAAUAUUGAAACGCAACAACUAGAACUAGAGAAGCAACUGCAUUGGAGGGGAAUAAUAAGAAGAAGAAUCAUAAAUAGCAGAAGACGAAUAAUACGAAGAAGACUAAAUUAACAAGAAAGCUCGCCAAUAAUGUGCGGCGCCGCGGGCAAUUGCAGAUAAAUUCGAAACUGAACGCUGAACCAGAAGCUUGCAAGCUCGGACGCUGUUGAGCCACAAUACGGCCAAAGGCAAUUCCGCCCAGUACUGAGCCCAAAAUCACAGCACGCGCCGCAUCAUGACUUUCUACUGGUGGUCCCAUUGGUUCUGGAUAACCUGGCUAGGCGUGCAUCUCAUGCCUAAUGCCAUCACACAUGUGCACACAUAUCCCAGUCAAGAGAUUACAUUAGAGUUAGCCAAAAGACAGGAGUUUCAAGAGCAACAGCGGGAGAUAGCAGCGCAGGCGCAGCUGCCGACUCGUCUGACCACAAAGCUGUACCAAACGACAUCGAGUCUGGCAUGGUCAACGGCCACGCCCCCGCUAAGUAACGUCAUGGACUUGACACUGAAGCCUGCAGGCGAGGCAGCAGCCACGCCCACCUACACAAGUGAGCUUCUAACUGACGUGGACGAGGUGGAGGGCAACGAAUCGGAUGAGAUGAUGACGACUGCAACAGCCGUAGAUGAUGGGAGAAUUGAAGAUAACGAAGAAGAUAAUGAAGACAUCGAUGAGCUCGACACGGAUGCAGAUCCCGAUGUCCAGCUCUCACAUAAUCAAUACGAGUUCAAGCGCUCGGCAAAUUUUGCGGCCGAUGCGGGUGCAACGCUGCCCUCCGAGCAUUUGAACAACUAUACGAAUUUUAGCAGCAUAACAAGUACAAAUAGCAGCAGUAUCAAUAAAAAUAAUACCAGCGGGUAUAGCCAUGACAACAAGAGUGGAGCGAGGAACAACACAUCCCAAGAGGAACCCACAGCUGCCCCAAGCAACAUUAGCAGCAGCUCGAGUCCAAUAACAAAGGCAACAACAGCGGCAGCUGGAGAAGCCACAAGCUCGUCCGCAGCUCCACACCCUAUCCAUACCACAAGCAGCGUCACUUCGCUGCCUCUGUCCAGCACCACAACAGUAUUGGGUGGCUCCGGCGUAGCGGCGACACCGUCCACGCCCAAAAUAAAUACCGAAUGGCUGCCGCUCGCUGGACGAGUUGCUGAUCUUGAUGCUGAGGAUGGGGAGUUGCAGAAGGUUCCAUUCACGCUGGAGAAUGCCAACAAGGAGGAUGAGUUGCGACGCGCCGAGAACGAGCAUCGAUCGCGCAAAUCCAAGGAGCUAUCGGCGGAAUAUAAGCACAUCAAUCGCUAUAUAAACUUCUCCAGCGAUUCGAAGAGUCUGUUGACGCGCUCCGCUUCUGCAGCCCCCAAUGCCGCGGCCUAUGAUGCAGACGAGAGUAAUAUUUCGUCCGAGGCGCUGGCCAUUCAGCGCACCUAUUUUCUGGAUGCGGGCGCAAUAUCCGCCAUUUGCUUUACAGUCUUCGGCAUUUGCUGUGCAGUGGGUACCAUUGGCAUUGUCCUAUAUAGGCGUCGCUAUCUGAACAAACCACAGGCCCUCAGCGAGCCAGACUCCAGUGUCUAUAUUGAUGAUAGCACCAUGCGUGUAAGUGAUAACUCUGAUGAGAUGUAUAGCCUGGAUAAUGACUCGUUUCUCAACUCACUGGAGGCAAUGACAAUACAGAACUAUUGGACGGACACUGUGAAACAUACAAAGCUUUAAUUUCGAGCCUCUGCCGCAUUCUCUCUAUAAUUCUCUCAAGUCUUAAGUCUCAGACUCCUGCCCCCACGAUGGAGCGCACAUAAUCAUUAAGUAUUAGGCAUUUAAGGCAACUACAACACACUGUAUGUAUUAACUAAAUGAUAGACAUACAUACAUACUCGCAUGUAUGUAUUGUAUUUGAGGAAAA